UAACACGUCCAUUAAGAAAACUUCAAGAAUCCCUAAACUCUCUUCUUUACCUGUAUAAAUAAACCUCUCUUCCUUACCUCUCCAAUAUCCUCUUCUUUUCUAUCGUUUUCCUAUCUUUCAAGAUCUCUCCUUCUUGCUCUCUACUCUCUAGCUAAGCUAAGCUUUGCUUUGCUUUCCUCCAUUGGUGCCCAUAAGUUUCUCCUUGUCGUCAACCUCUUCUUGGCUCGUGACACAACCAAUCAAGAAAUUGACCACAAGAACAAGGUGCUUUAGAAGUUAGCCAGCUGAAGAACUCUAAGGCACUCAGCCAGCAUACAAGUUAAUUUUUCAGAUAUGUUUAAGAGAAAUCUCGCGAAGUUCAACCAGGCCAUGGGAUUUCAGAGAUCUUCCUAUUGGCAAAAGGUGCAGCCUGGUAGUGAUCUUUCUACAAAAGAGACGGCACCAAAUUCAAGUCACCCUGUAACCAAUGAAGCUGUUUCUGAUGAUGCAGAUUACAGUUCAUGGAUGGUGGACCAUCCUUCUGCAUUAACCUCAUUUGAUCAGAUGAUGAAGGAUGCAAAGGGGAAGAAGAUCGUCGUGUUUUUAGACUAUGACGGUACUCUCUCGCCGAUUGUAAAUGAUCCUGACCGCGCUUUCAUGUCUGAUGAGAUGCGUGCAGCAGUUCGAGAAGUUGCAAAAUACUUUCCAACAGCUAUAAUCAGUGGUAGAAGCAGAGAUAAGGUGAAAGGAUUUGUACAGUUGAAUAAUAUAUAUUAUGCUGGAAGCCAUGGGAUGGACAUCAUGGCACCACCUAGGCCGGCUAGGUCCAGUGAUGGAAAAUACCAUACUGUUUCCCUUGACAGAAAGGGCAAUGAUGCUGUCUUUCAACCUGCUCAGAAAUUUUUGCCUGCAAUUCAAAAGAUUUUGAAAGAACUGGAAGAGGCAAUUAUGAAAAUACCAGGUGCCAGAGUAGAGAACAACAGAUUUUGUGCCUCCGUACAUUUUCGACAAGUUAGAGAGGAGGAUUAUGGGACCUUAGAGGAGAAGGUGAAGUCCAUACUUAAACACUAUCCAGACUUUCGCUUGGGUUGGGGUAAAAAGGUUAUGGAAAUACGACCAUCAAUAGAAUGGGACAAAGGCAAUGCCCUGGAAUAUUUACUCGAUACUCUAGGGUUAGGUAACUGCACCGAUGUUCUCCCACUUUACAUUGGAGAUGACAUAACAGAUGAAGAUGCUUUCAAGGUAAUUCAAAAGAGAGGCCAAGGGUGUCCGAUCGUUGUCACUUCCAGUCCCAAGGAUACUAAAGCCUCAUACUCCCUGUAUGAACCAUCAGAAGUGUUGACAUUCUUGUUGCGUCUAGCAAGGUGGAGGAAAUCCUCUAGUUCGAGUAGGUCAGUACUAUCUCAGGUUUGGGGUGUGAGUGGUUGAAAACUUGAAGUUGAAACCAAGUAUUAGCACUACGCAGAGAAUAUUGGGAUAGAAAUAAAGAUGUGUUUAUAAAUAUAGAGAGGAAAGCUAGGAGGAGGUUGAGGGAAUAUGAGCAGGAAACCAGUUGUUUCAUCCCUUUUAUCUGUUGUUUUGUAUGGUAUUAUGCUUACCACUUGUAAACUAGAAAUCAAGUUCAAUAUAAAUACAAAAAUGUUUGCAAAAA